AUGGCACAAUUACAACUGUUUGAUUUAGCUCUGAAAAUAGUACCUGAAUAUAAUGGAGAUGCUAAUUCCUUAUAUAGAUUUAUUAAUGCAUCUGAUCAUAUCUUUACACAGUAUUUUGACAAUGAAAACGAGAAUAAUUUUCAAAAUAUUAUAAUUGUUAAUGGAUUGAUCGGAAAAUUGAAGGGAAAAGCUCUUGAUAUCGUAGACGUAAACGCUGCAAAUACGUGGCCAAGAAUUAAAGAAGUUUUGAUUGAAAAUUUUUCAGACCAAAGGGAUGAAAAUUCUCUUAACCGUGACCUUGUCAAUUUACACCAGGGAAACGAGAGCCCCCAACAGUUUUACGAUAAAUGCACAAAUUUGUUGACUACUUUGAUAAAUUACAUAAAUUUACAUAAUGACGAUCAGAACGUUAUUGCAUGCAAGCGAGAUUUUUUCACCGCCCAGGCGUUGAAAUCCUUUUUAGCUGGAUUAAGGGAGCCUUUAGGGUCUACCAUUCGUGCUAUGCGCCCCGAAUCUUUGCCUCAAGCCUUGCAAUUUAUUAAAGAAGAAGGCAAUAUAAUGUACUUACAAAAACGUAAUCAACCUCAAAGUAAUACUAAUAUCAAUAAACAGGCAAACCAAAAUUAUAAACAAAACCCUAAUUUCUACCAAAAUCCUAAUUUCAGACAAAAUAACUCACAGAGAUUUUCCCCAAAUUGGUUUCAACAAAGACCAAAUCAAAAUCAUAAUAAUAACAACCUUAACCAACAAAAUUUCAGAUCGAAUUUCAACCAGCCUCGACCUAAUCAAAACCUACCAAAUAAAUUUAACUACUUUUAUCAAGAUCCAAACUUCACUCCUAGGUCAAAACCGACCCCUAUGAGUGGUAUUUCUCACCCGAAUACUCAAAAUAAUAAUAAUCACAAUUACAGGUUUGUUCAGAAACCGAAUUUCAGAUUGCAACAACCAAAUGCACAGAGGCCAAAUUAUUUCCAAAAUGUGGGUCACUACCCUGACUUUGUUUUCGAAGAAUUAAAUCACAACGAUACAAAUAAUAAUGAGUUUGUUGAUCAAAGUUGCUUUGCUGAUUAUUCAAAUGAUUACGACAUUGAACCGGAAUUUAUUCCUGUUCCACAUGAUACAACAUCCCAAGUUGACUCUGUACCCACAUAUACACAGAUCUCUGAAAAUUGUGAUAAUCAAAAUUUUCACGAUGUUUUAAACCAAAACAACGAAACAUGA